AUGGACCGUACUGUGUCGUCUUUUCUUCAGCAUCUCAUCGUGGAAAAGGGCUUCUCCCAGAACACCAGCUCCGCCUACCGCAAUGAUCUCUCCCAGUUCAUAGAGUUCCUCCAGCAGAACGGCUUUGAUGCCGGAAGGCGUCAGGACCCCUUCGAUUGGAGCCAGGUCGACAUAGAUACCCUGAACCGCUACAUCACCGACCUGAAGGAACGCAAGGGCUACCGCAACGCCACCGCCGCCCGGAAAGUCGCCUCAGUAAAGUCCUUCUUCGGCUUCCUGGCCGAAAACGGCAUCAUCACCGAGGACCCCACAGAAUCCAUUGGGACCCCCAAGGUGGGCCGCUCGCUCCCGGAAUACUUGACAGAAGAUGAGGUGGCCCGGCUGCUUGAUGAAGGCUACAAGCAUGGCACCAACGAGGGGCAGCGCGACGCCGUCAUGAUGGAGUUGCUAUACGCCACCGGCCUGCGGGUGGGCGAGCUCGUCUCCCUGAAUACUUCCGACGUCAACCUGGAAGAGUCCUAUGUUCGCUGCUUGGGGAAGGGCUCCAAGGAGCGCAUCGUGCACCUGUAUCCCAAGGCGGCCCAGGAGCUGCAGAACUACAUGAGGCACGCCCGCAUGGCCAUGCUGGGCAAGCGGAAGGAUGAAGAGGCCCUGUUCGUUAAUCACAGGGGAGAGCGCCUGACACGCCAAUGGGUCUGGUCGGUACUGAAGACCCGAUGCCCACGGGCCGGGUAUCCGUUUUUUAGGCCCCCUACCCUGCGGCACAGUUUCGCCACCCACCUGCUGCAGAACGGCGCGUCGCUGCGACAUGUGCAGGAGCUGCUCGGCCACUCCAGCAUAUCCACCACGCAGGUGCGUCACCCACCUGACCUCUACGUACGGAAGAUGUACGAGAGAAGCAGGUCCGAUCUGCACCGCCCUGCUAAACGAAAGAAAUUGGCCCCGCCGGUAAGGCGGGGCCAAUUUCUUUUGUACAGUCUUCGAAGCAGGACGGAUGAAGUCGGCCAUGAGGGUGGGAGCGAGACCUCCCACGCCUGGCGUAUGGCGCAGGCCUCUCCACGCUUUCAGAACAAACGAAGCAACGAUAGCGCUCCCAUUUAG